AGCCUUUCAUAGCACCGCAACCACGUUGUUUAUAAAUAGGACAGCUUUUUAGAGCUUUAAUUCUUCAUUAUCAAGAGAGAGCUUCUCAUAGCAACAAAAAUCUUAAUUAAGAAAAGUAUACACAACAAGAGAUGGCUGUUAAUAAUGAAAAGAAACAGCAAAACCAAACAGUGGAAUACAUAGAUCUUGCUCACAAGACUCUCCUUAAUAGUGAUGCACUUUAUAAGUAUAUACUUGACACCAGUGUGUUUCCGAGAGAGCACCCAUGUUUGAAGGAGCUUCGUGAGAUGACAGAAAAACAUUCAAAGAGUCUUAUGGCAGUACCUGCUGAUGAAGGACAGCUUAUAAGCAUGCUGAUUAAACUCAUGAAUGCAAAGAAGACAAUGGAGAUUGGAGUAUAUACUGGAUACUCUCUCCUAUCUACUGCCCUUGCUCUUCCCUCUGAUGGAAAGGUGUUGGCUUUCGACAUCAGUCGUGAAUACUAUGAGUUAGGAUUGCCGAUGAUUGAAAAAGCUGGAGUGCUUCACAAGAUUGAUUUUAGAGAAGGAUAUGCUCUCCAUCUUCUUGAUGAACUUCUCCAAGAUGAAAAUAACAAGGGAACUUUUGAUUUUAUUUUUGUGGAUGCUGAUAAGAAUAACUACAUAAAUUAUCACAAGAAAGUAAUUGAUCUUGUUAAAGUUGGAGGAUUGAUUGGAUACGAUAACACCUUAUGGAGUGGAUCAGUGGCGGUUCCACCUGAUGCACCUAUGCUAGAUAUCAUUAGGAAUUUACGUGAUUAUGUGAUUGAACUCAACAAGUAUUUAGCUCAAGAUUCAAGGAUCGAGAUUUGUCAACUUUCUGUAGGAGAUGGAAUCACGCUUUGUCGUCGUAUCAACUGAUUCAUCAUUCGUGGUAUUUGCUUGCUUGGAAUUUUUUAAUUUUUAAUAUUUAUAAGUAUUUGGAAUUUUAAUAUAAGUUUGGCUCCUCUUGUUGUGUAUUGUUGUUAUCUUUGUACUGUGACAACUUUGGUUG